GUUUCCGGUGUCGCGGGCGCGGCGCGGCGCGAGCGCUCGGCUGGAGCCGCCGGGAGCCGACUGCCAGCAGUCAGGCCCCCUGCCCUGCCCUGCCCUGCCUUGCCUUGACCCGCCCCGCCCGCACACGGCAAUGUCGGACAGAGCGGAGGGGCCCGCGGGGGGCCCCUCUGGCUCCCCCGGUUCCCCCACCCGCGACUCCGCCGGUGUCUCCGAGCCGCGCAUCAUCAAAGUUCCGGUGAAGACUCCCAAGGAGAAGGAGGAGUUCGCGGUUUCCGAGACCAGCAGCAUCCGGCAGUUCAAGGAAGAAAUCUCUAAACGUUUCAAAUCCCACACUGAUCAGCUUGUGUUGAUAUUUGCUGGAAAAAUUUUAAAAGAUCAAGAUACUUUGACUCAGCAUGGAAUUCAUGAUGGACUCACUGUUCACCUGGUUAUCAAAACACAGAACAGAUCACAAGACCACCCAGCUCAACAGGCAAACACCUCUGGGAGUACUGCUACCACAUCAACAUCAAGCAGUAGUACUUCAACACCAGCAUCAACAAAUAGUAAUCCCUUUGGCUUGGGUGGCCUUGGAGGUUUAGCAGGCCUGAGUAGCCUGGGCUUAAAUAGUUCAAACUUCUCGGAGCUGCAAAGUCAGAUGCAACGACAACUUAUGUCCAACCCGGAAAUGAUGGUUCAGAUAAUGGAGAAUCCAUUUGUUCAGAGCAUGCUUUCAAAUCCUGACCUGAUGAGGCAGUUAAUUAUGGCUAACCCUCAAAUGCAGCAACUGAUACAGAGAAAUCCAGAAAUCAGUCACAUGCUGAAUAAUCCAGAUAUAAUGAGACAGACACUAGAACUUGCUAGAAACCCUGCAAUGAUGCAGGAGAUGAUGAGAAACCAGGACCGAGCUUUGAGCAACCUUGAAAGUAUACCAGGGGGAUACAAUGCCUUGCGGCGUAUGUACACAGACAUCCAGGAGCCAAUACUGAAUGCAGCACAGGAACAGUUUGGAGGUAACCCAUUUGCGUCUUUAGUAAGCAACACAUCAGCAGGAGGGGACAAUCAGCCAUCUCGUACAGAAAAUCGAGAUCCUCUGCCAAAUCCGUGGGCUCCUCAGUCCAGCUCACAGACUUCCACAACAAAUACUAGCACUACUGGUGAGAGCAGUGGCAGCAAUAAUCCCGAAAGUAGCACUUCAGGCACAACGGGACAGAGCUCAACUGGACCAAAUUUGGGACCUGGGCUUGGAGCUGGUAUGUUCAAUACACCAGGAAUGCAGAGCUUAUUACAGCAGAUAACAGAAAACCCACAGCUUAUGCAGAAUAUGUUGUCUGCACCCUACAUGAGAAGCAUGAUGCAGUCGUUAAGCCAGAAUCCGGAUCUUGCAGUACAGAUGCAGAAUCCUGACACCUUAUCAGCUAUGUCAAACCCCAGAGCAAUGCAGGCUCUGCUACAGAUUCAGCAAGGCUUGCAGACAUUAGCAACAGAAGCACCAGGGCUUAUACCAGGGUUUAAUCCUGGUUUGGGUGGAGGGGGAAGCAGUGGAACUUCUACACCAUCCACUGUACCUAGUUCUGUUUCCACUGAAAAUACAAGUCCAGCUUCAGGAACUGCUGAGCCUGGUCACCAACAGUUUGUCCACCAGAUGUUGCAGGCACUUGCUGGUGCAAAUGCUCAGCAGUUACAAAAUCCAGAAGUUCGAUUUCAGCAACAACUGGAACAGCUGAGCGCAAUGGGCUUUCUGAACCGUGAAGCAAAUUUACAAGCACUAAUAGCAACAGGAGGAGACAUCAAUGCAGCUAUUGAAAGGCUGCUUGGCUCUCAGCCUUCAUAGCAGUGUUUCUUCUAACUUGAAAAAUGUAAUUUAUUUUUGAUAACAGCUCUUUAAUCUUUCAGAUUGCUUUAUUUCAUUCUGACUCUUGGGAUUGUCUUGUUAUAACUAAAACCAAUCUGAUGCAUUUGAAGGUGGAGUGCAGUAGUUUUCUUCAGACAUUGGGAAUCAAUGCAUUUUCACUUUUGAGUGCAUCAGUUCUUUUGUUCAGCAUUAUUUGUGAUUUUUUGGAAACAGUAUCAGCUUUCACAGUUGGAUGAACAAGUUUUGUCUGACUUACAAAUGGCUAAUUUAUUUACUACUUAAACAGUAUCCUUCAAUAGUAAUUUAUGUAGAUUACACAUUAAAAAGGAAACAAAAUAAUUGAAGCUGUGGGUACCAAUACUGCUUAUUGUGAUUUUAGCAUGUUUUAUUCUCUUGACUAGCAAAAUGCUGGAAGAUUUGUACCACUUGAGUAAUCUACCAUCUUUUACUUUAAUUUGUCUAAGGUAUAAACACCAUAUAUACAACAGAGAUGGCUCAUUUCUAGAGAUGUACACAAUAUAAUAGAGUGAAAUUGUAAGCAAUGAAAAAACACAAAAACCCCCAAAGCAACAAGAAAAAACCCACAAAAAAACCCAAAAAAAUCAAAAAACAAGCAAGCAAAAAAAAAAAACUAAAAAAACCCCCACAAAAAACUCCAAAAAAACCGACAAAAAAAACCAUUGUGGGACUUGAAUUUGGUGUAGAACUGCCCAAGAUCUUUGGUAACUAUCUCAGAAAAAAUGCUUAAGCAACUUCAGUUAAAAUAUGCUAGAAUUACUGUUCUGGUUGUCUCUUUACAUUUAACUGUACAGAAACUUGCAUUAUAACAUUGUUUCAAUAGUCACAGAUUUAACUGUAAAUUACUUUUGUCAUUGUCCAAAUUAAAGAGCCACAGCCUUGUGCUCUGGACUUGCUUCUAUGGCUAUUUGGCUUGUUCCACUGAGAUUUUUACAUGUAUUCUGAUUUUUAAUUGGAGAAAUUACUUCUAUUCAUGGUCAUGUGAUACUCUAAUUACUUCUAACCACCAAGUAAAAAAAUACUGUAUAGCUUUUGAGUUUCUAUUGGUAGUUACUUCUCUUGUGCACAGGUAAUAAAUGAAUUAAAAAAAUCUUUAAGCAUCUUG